AUACCAAUGCUAAUUAUAUUCACCAUCAAAGAAGAAAGGUGAAAUUUUUGGCCGAUUAAUAUCAUUCAAUCAAGUAAAACCCCAAAAUUCCAAAUGUCGUGGAGCGGCCCUGAAGAUCUCUACCUUUCAACUUCUCUCGCCAGCUAUCUUGAUAGAAAAAUUCUUGUUUUAUUGCGUGAUGGAAGGAAACUCUUGGGGACACUUUGUUCAUUUGAUCAAUUCGCAAAUGCUGUUCUAGAAGGAUCAUGUGAAAGAGUCAUCGUCGGCGACCUUUAUUGUGACAUCCCCUUGGGUUUAUAUGUAAUCCGUGGGGAGAACGUGGUCCUGAUUGGUGAACUGGAUUCAGAAAAAGAGGAUCUUCCCCCCCAUAUGUCACGUGUAUCAGUCUCUGAAAUAAGAAAGGCACAGAAAGCCGAGAGGGAAGCCUCCGAUCUUAAAGGACUGAUACGAAAGAGGAUGGAAUUCCUCGACAUGGACUAAAUCAUUUACACGCUGCUGGUGUUCGAAGAGUUUUUUCCUUGUCAACACCACGCUGCAUCAUCUGCUAACGAUUGUGGAUUUUCCGAAGACCAAGAUUUUGCAAUGUAUGUGAGUAUUAUCGAGCAUUAUUAAGAAAUAGUAUUGUAGCCUUUUCCUCGUGUUUGGCUUGAAGCUUUCAAUGCUUACUUUCAAUGAUGCUAGUUAGUACGCAAAUGCGAAAUUGCAGAUAAUAUAUGUAAGAUUAUGUAUAAGACUAUGCGGAUAAGAUGGGCAUUUUAACUCCUUGAUUUUCUUUAUUUUGUCAAUUUCUUUGAUAUAAAUGUAUAAUGAUCAUGAAUGAGUGCCUGAAAUUUGUUACUUCU